CAAAGUGACCAAGUACACAAGAGAGAGAGGGUGAUAACGAGGGACAGGUGACAGCAGGGCUGAUAAGGAACAGGUGAAACUUAUCAGGGUGGUUUUGAAAAUGUGGGAAUCACGGGGCAGGACGUCAAGCUGACUGAAACAAGAGAAAGGUGUCUGGUGACUCUGGGCCCUUGUUUUCUCGCCCCUCCCUUCAUCGUGGAGGAGAGGAAGAGAGAGGGAGAAAGAGAGAGGCUGCAGCCCACUACCACCGUGUCCCCAGAGGCCCCUUGCCUGCCUGCCUGCCUGCCUGCCCCUCCUGCUGCUCAGUACAGCUGUGGCUCAGCACCAGACCCCUGACCAGCUGGAGAUCUCAACCCCUGCAAAGAGGAGCCACGCGAAGAGCCUCAGUGUGUGAAAGCUCCUCACCUCUUCAUUAAGGGUGAAGCACACACAAACACUGAGUCCCAACUACAGCUGCCAAGCCUCUCCGCUGAGUGCUGAGAAGAUCCCCCCUUUUGGAGCAUGGCUGUGGCACCGCGGGCCCUGGCGCUCGGCUUGCCCCUGGUGCUCGCCCUGCUCAGCGUGGCGCCGGCGCCCACCUUGGGAGGCUGCCCGGCGGCUUGCCGGUGCUCUUUCGCCAUGCUUCAGUGCCUGGAGCCCAAUGGCAUCGCCAGCAUCCCGGCACUGGCCCCGCAAGAGAGCGAGAACGUGACAGAGAUUUACAUAGAAAACCAAGCAGCCCUGGAGAAUAUAACAGAAAUUGAUCUUGUCUACUACAGAGAGCUGAAGAACCUCACGGUCACAUCGUGUAAGCUGAGGCUCAUCUCUGCCACUGCCUUCAAGCACAACCUCAAGCUCCAGUAUGUGAACCUGGCAUCAAACUCUCUGGAACACAUCUCCUGGAAGGUGUUUCAUUUUCUGCCACAGCUCAACCUGGUUCUGAGGGACAACCCUCUCGUCUGCUCCUGUGACCUCCACUGGCUCCAGCAGUGGCAGCAGAAUGACCGCGGUGACGUGGACAACCAAAUGUUGUCUUGUUUCUCCGAUGAUCAAGAAGAACCGCUCAACUCUUUGGUACUAGAUAACUGCAGUCUGCCUCAGGUGACCAUUGUCUCCUUCAAAGAUCCAAAGAUUCAAGAAGGAGGCAACCUGACAUUUGCUUGUCAAGUGACAGGAAGUCCGACUCCCACUGUGAGAUGGCGAACUGAUGAGCUCCAAUCCAACUUCUUAACCCAGGACAGAAUCUGGGGCUCCACAUUAGAGCUGGUCCUUUUCCUCACCAACGUCUCAUCCAGCGACAACCUGCACAACCUAACCUGUGAGGCCGAGAACCAAGCUGGGCCCAGGGAGGAGGUGGUGCAAUUGGACAUCGAGUUUCCAGUCAGAAUCAUCUACCUGAAGGACGCCGUGCAGCAGCACCACUGGUGUUUCCCCUUCGUUGUGGACGGCAACCCUGAACCAACCAUCACCUGGCGCUACAAUGGCAAAGAGCUCAACGAGAGCGCCUACAGAUACACCCAGCUCAUCCCCGACUCGGGUGACGGAUCGGUGAAACACGGAUGUCUCUUCCUCAACAAGCCCACCCACAUCAACAACGGCCGCUACACUCUGAUCGUGCAGAACAAACUGGGAAGAGAUGAGGCCACGGCCAACGGGAUGUUUAUGGACAACCCGUUCGACCCACAGGAUCCAGAGGGGAUAUUUCCAGUCCCUGAUCCGAACCCAACUCCUACAAACAAAUCAAUCAUGAACAUCACAGAGAACCCGGAGAGUCGAAUGUUUGUGAAUCUGUCUUUGUUUGAACAGGUGUCUGUGGCUGUGGGUCUUGCUCUGUUUGCCUGCACUUUCCUCCUCAUCAUGGUUCUGGUUAUAAACAAGUGUGGCCAGAAUUCCAAGUUUGGUAUUCACCGGUCAUCAGUUUUGGGAACUGAGGAUGAACUGGCUGUUUCGCUUCGUUUCAUGAACUUCGGAACCAGCCCGCCUUCCUCAGAUGAAGACUCUGGUUUAUCCAGCUUCGUAGAGAAUCCUCAAUACUUCUGCGGCAUCAUCAAGGAGAAAGACAUGUGUGUCCAGCAUAUUAAACGGCAGGACAUUGUGUUGAAGUGGGAGCUGGGUGAAGGAGCGUUUGGAAAAGUCUACCUGGCAGAUUGUGCCAACCUCAGCCCCGACAGCGACAAGAUGCUGGUCGCCAUCAAGACUCUAAAAGAUGCCAACGAGUCCACCCGGCAGGACUUCCAGAGGGAGGCGGAGCUGCUGACGGUGCUCCAACACCAGCACAUUGUGCGUUUCUACGGCGUCUGUACGGACGGAGAGCCUCUGGCCAUGGUGUUUGAAUACAUGAGGCACGGAGACCUCAACAGAUUUCUCAGAGCUCACGGCCCCGACGCUCGUAUCCUGGAGGAGACGAAGAUGCCCCCGCUGGGUCAGCUGACUCUGCCUCAGAUGCUGCACAUCGCCGCCCAGAUCGCCUCAGGCAUGGUCUACCUGGCAUCGCUGCACUUUGUGCACCGCGACCUGGCAACCCGCAACUGUCUGGUGGGGGAGGGCCUGGUGGUCAAAAUCGGAGACUUUGGCAUGUCCCGAGACAUCUACAGCACGGAUUACUAUCGGGUGGGCGGACGUACGAUGCUGCCGAUCCGCUGGAUGCCCCCGGAGAGCAUCAUGUACAGGAAGUUCACCACGGAGAGCGACAUCUGGAGCUUCGGCGUGGUCCUCUGGGAGAUCUUCACCUACGGCAAACAGCCCUGGUACCAGCUGUCCAACAGUGAGGCCAUCGAAUGCAUCACGCAGGGAAGGGAACUGGAAAGGCCACGCACCUGCCCGAAGGAGGUGCACCUGCUGAUGCAGGGCUGCUGGCAGAGGGAGCCCCAGCAGAGGAUGGUCAUCAAGGACAUCCACAGCCGCCUGCUGGCCCUGGUCAAGAACCCGCCCGUCUACCUGGAUAUCCUGGGCUAAGGAGGCCUUGAACCAUCUGGGGAGCGGAGGCUGGGGAAUGCGUUCCUUUAAUUCCUUUUUCUCUUUUAAACAGUUGCUGCUUUUCCAGCCUCGAUGCCUGAUGGAUGCACAAUCCGCUUUACGUUUUUUCCUCAUCCCCGUUCGACCCAGACCCCUGUUUACGGCCCCGUCCUGCUCUGGAAACCCUGUCAAAUGUUUACCAAAGUGUUUAAUGUUUAUCUGAAGUGGGAUCAGCCAGAUGGAGGGACAUGCAUGGAUAAGUGUUGAAGUAACUGUAUAUGGGCUUUACGUUGCUGGGAGCGCGAUGAUGGGCUUGUCGGGGGAUUUUUGGCUCUGAGCUGUGGUACAUUUUAUACGACUCUACAGCCGACACUUGUGAUGAAAGGCAAUUAGAAAAUGAAACGGAUGAUUACAAGAGAGGGCACUUCACAUCGUUGGAGUCGGAAGUGGAAACCAAUUUUUUCAGAUUUGGGCGCUUGUAGUAUAGUCACUGAUUUUGGGUAAGUUUUGAUAUGGGAGGUUAAUUAAAGGCUUUCAGUAAAUGUAUAUAAGAAAUCAAAGUUGUACAAUCAAAACCUUAAGCUUGUUUGUUUUUCUGAAAUACAGUGUAUCAUAUGAGUAUUUUUCAAGAACACGAACAAAAUGUCAUAUAAGUGUGUGUUUACAUUUAACGCUGUCAGUUUCGCUGUCGAAUAUGAACAGAGAGAUACUUCCAGUUUGACCCGCGGCCGGCCGUCGACACUCAGGAGUGGGCUUUUGUACAAAUUAGCGAUGUUCAACAUGCUACUGUUACGACCUUCAAAAAAAUCAAAGCACUGCAGUGAAAUUCGGUAAGGGGGCAAGAUGGUGGGGAGGUGACAUACUGAGAUGUUUUUUAGAGGUAACAGAUGGAUUAAAGUGAGUGAAACUCCAGGAGGAGAGGGACAGAUGGCGGUGAAACAGACACUGGAGGUGAGGCCACCUCCAUGGGAAAAAAAAAAAAAAAACAGACGUUUAAAAAUUCAACCAAAUUAAGAGAGUCCUUUAACAGAGUGUACAAACCGGUGUGAUGCCUUUAAGUGUAGAUACUAAAUGUACAUACUCUGUAUUAAUGUCUAAAAAAUAUAUAUCUUCAUGUAUUGUUACUCCAGCACUUUGUAUAUUGUCUGCCCUUAAA